GUGUGUGUGUGUGUGUGUGUGUGUGUGUUUUAAAGAUGGCCGGAGCGGCGGCGGCGGUGGCUGCGGGAGCAGCAGCUGGAGCCGCCGCGGCAGCCGUGUCGGUGUCGGCUCCAGGCCGGGCCUCGGUGCCCCCUCCGCCUCCACCGGUGUACUGUGUGUGCCGCCAGCCGUACGACGUGAACCGCUUCAUGAUCGAGUGCGACGUCUGCAAGGACUGGUUCCACGGCAGCUGUGUUGGAGUAGAAGAACAUCAUGCUGUUGAUAUUGACUUGUAUCACUGCCCCAACUGUGCAGUUCUACAUGGUUCUUCCUUGAUGAAAAAGAGGAGGAACUGGCACAGGCAUGACUACACAGAAGUUGAUGAUGGCUCCAAACCAGUGCAAGCGGGAACUAGGACUUUUGUUAAGGAAUUACGUUCUCGCAUCUUCCCAAGUGCCGAUGAAAUCAUUGUAAAGAUGCAUGGCAGUCAGCUGACACAAAGAUACCUGGAGAAACAUGGAUUUGAUGUCCCGAUUAUGGUCCCUAAAUUAGAUGACCUAGGACUCAGGCUCCCUUCACCUGAUUUUUCAGUGAUGGAUGUGGAACGUUAUGUAGGUGGUGACAAAGUGAUAGAUGUCAUUGAUGUGGCAAGGCAGGCAGACAGCAAAAUGACACUUCAUAAUUAUGUUAAAUACUUCAUGAAUUCUAAUAGACCAAAAGUGUUAAAUGUGAUCAGCCUUGAAUUUUCAGACACAAAGAUGUCUGACUUGGUGGAGGUCCCUGAUAUAGCUAGAAAACUUUCCUGGGUGGAAAAUUAUUGGCCAGAUGAUUCAGUCUUUCCCAAGCCAUUUGUUCAGAAAUACUGCUUAAUGGGAGUUCAGGAUAGCUAUACAGACUUUCACAUUGACUUCGGUGGGACUUCAGUCUGGUACCAUGUCCUCUGGGGUGAGAAGAUUUUUUAUUUGAUAAAACCAACAAAUGAAAAUUUGGCACUCUAUGAAUCUUGGAGUUCAUCUGUGACCCAGAGUGAGGUGUUUUUUGGAGAUAAAGUAGAUAAAUGCUACAAAUGUGUGGUAAAGCAGGGACAUACCUUAUUUGUUCCUACAGGGUGGAUUCAUGCUGUGCUCACUUCUCAGGACUGUAUGGCUUUUGGGGGGAACUUUCUGCAUAACCUUAACAUUGGCAUGCAGCUCAGGUGUUAUGAGAUGGAGAAAAGGCUAAAAACACCAGAUCUUUUCAAAUUCCCUUUCUUUGAAGCCAUAUGCUGGUUUGUAGCCAAAAAUUUGCUGGAAACCCUGAAAGAACUGAAAGAAGAUGGUUUCCAGCCCCAAACUUACCUAGUACAAGGAGUGAAAGCACUGCAUACUGCUUUAAAAUUAUGGAUGAAAAAGGAACUCGUGUCUGAACAUGCCUUUGAAAUUCCAGACAAUGUUAGACCUGGACAUCUUAUUAAGGAACUUUCUAAAGUAAUUCGAGCAAUUGAGGAAGAAAAUGGCAAACCAGUAAAAUCUCAGGGAAUUCCUACUGUGUGUCCAGUUUCACGAACCUCAAAUGAAGCAACUUCCCCAUACCAUUCCCGGCGAAAGAUGAGGAAACUUCGAGAUCAUAAUGUCCGAACUCCUUCUAACCUAGACAUCCUCGAGCUCCAUACAAGGGAGGUCCUCAAAAGAUUAGAGAUGUGUCCAUGGGAAGAGGACAUCUUGAGCUCUAAACUGAAUGGAAAAUUCAACAAACAUCUCCAGCCAUCUUCCACGGUACCUGAAUGGAGAGCAAAAGACAAUGAUCUGCGAUUACUCCUGACAAAUGGAAGAAUAAUUAAAGAUGAAAGACAACCCUUUGCAGAUCGGAGUCUUUAUACAGCAGAUAGUGAAAGUGAAGAGGACAAGAGACCAACAAAGGCAGUAAACAGGAAGACAGAAGAUUCAGGAAGAGAGGGGACAGAAAGUGAAGAAUCUCAAAAACCACUUAAUAGGAUUUUUACAAGUGUGAAAUCAGAACUCAGGACUAGAUCAUCAGAAUAUUCUGAUGUUUCUGAUUCAGAAGACUCUGGACCUGAUUGCACUGCACUGAAAAUUAAUUUUACCACUGAAGAGUCUGAAAGUUCAGGUGAUGAAAAGAAACAUGAAACAAUGUCAAAUUUUAAGGAAGAAUCUGAUAUAAUGAGGAACUUCUUUCAAAAGAGCCAAAAGCCAUCUAGAAGUGAAAUUUCAAUUAAAAGGGAAUGUCCUACCUCCACGAGCACAGAAGAAGAAGCUAUUCAGGGCAUGCUGUCCAUGGCAGGAUUGCACUAUGCCACAUGUUUACAAAGGCAGAUUCAAAGCACAGACUGCAAUGGUGAAAAGAACUCUCUCCAGGAUCCCAGCAGCUGCCACAGUAGUAAUGCUGAAGUUAGGCAGUUGUAUCGCUAUAAUAAGCCAGUGGAAUGUGGAUACGUUGUCAAAACUGAAGAUCAAGAUUUGAGGACCCCUUCCUGGACUAAACAAUUUGAUAGAACUUCCAGAUUUAAUCCUCAGGACCUAAGUAGAAGCCAGAAAUGCAUCAAAAAGGAAAGUUCUUCAGAAAUCAGUCAGAAGGCACAAAGCAGGCAUUAUGUGGACAGCAAUAACUCAAGCCUUCAGAACGGAAAGUGCACGCUGAAUUCUAGCUUAGUUUCGGGAUCGUGCCAAAUAAGUAAUGGCAGUCUAAGCCCAGAAAGUCUGAUUGGUGAAACUUCUUUUUCAGUGCCCCUUCACCCCACCAAGAGACCUGCAUCAAACCCUCCACCUAUCAGCAACCAGGCAACAAAAGGUAAACGUCCAAAAAAAGGAAUGGCAACGGCCAAACAACGUCUUGGGAAGAUCCUUAAGUUGAACAGAAAUGGCCAUGCACGUUUCUUUGUGUGACAGCUGCUGUUGUAGCCUUUGGAGGCCAGUCUUGGGGUCUGGGAGCCUGGAGCUUCCAAUGUCCCCUGCCUGGAGCUUCCAAUGUCCCCUGCCUGGAGCAGUUUGCAUGUACAGUAAGAACACUGCCCGAAGAACAGAAUGAACCUGAUGCUGCAUUUUCACUGUGCCACACCCACUCAGCAAUAACCCUUGGACCUGGUGGGGGAGAGGAAGAAAGAGGGUAGAACCUUUAAAAGAGACCUUGAACUGGAAAGGGUCUCUUGUCAGGGCUUGAAUUUAAUUUUGUUGUUGGUAGUGUCUUGAUUUAUUUUCAGUAGUAGGAUAAAGAAUUAUCAAUAAUUUAUUUAACAGAUUUUUUUUAACGUUAACAGCUUUUAAAUUCUUUCUUUUUUAAAGCUAUUUAUUUGGAAGAUUUCUGGAGAACUGUCUCACUAAUUUAGAUUUAAGAAUGUGAAGGUUUUUAAAUUAUUUUUGAUAGUGUGUGUGUUACAUGUGGGGAAGAGCCACAGUAACAGUAACUAGUCUGGACUCUUAAAUUUGAUAUUCAGGUUAAAGUCUUAAACAGGGAUUUGAUGCAUUAAUUAUUUUAAAUUAAGAUGUAUAUGAAAAUCAUUUUAUUUUAUAUAUUUCAUGUGUUUUUUAUAAGCUAUUAGCUUCGCUUUUGCUAACAUCCAAGGUGCAUACUGUUAUCCAGGUUGAUUCCCUUUUGCCCCCCCCCCCCCCCACGUUUUGAGAUGAACCUACAAGACUCUUCUCUUUGCAGGGAAAUACUUUCAUAGCCAACAUUUAAGACACCAUUAGAGAUCCCUUAUUUCUCAUUUCCUUUGACAUUGUGGUUUUCUCCAAACAUAAAAAAUGGGCUUGUUGCAUUUUCAUUUCUUCCGAUGGUAUCUGGGUCCCAAAGAGAACAGCUUUAAUACGCUUUUGUACUUACAGGGGAAAUAAAAGUUUGGUUAGAAUGUCAUGUUUGUAGUUUUCCAAAACAUUUAUAAUUACAGAGGGCCUUCUUCAUAUUGCUGGUAUUGGAAGACAGGGCCAGCACCUGCCACAGAGGUUAUAUCUUACCAUGCUUUCAUUUUCUAGAGCUAAUUUGUUGAGAAGUAUGAUUUGAUUUAGGAUAUUCGAAUCUGCAUAAUCAUCUGUAAUACAAUAGAAUUAUACUAUAUUAAGUUGUAUAGAUGCAAGCAUGUUGGAAUAGAUCUUUGUGUGUGA